AUGACCGGAGUCUCUCUCAAAGCUUUGCUCACCGAGGAGGAGGCACUGCAAAAAAGCUUGCUGCGCUUAGACUUUCAGGAGAUGCAGCGCCAGUUCAGCGGCAAAGAGCCGCUAUGGCGCGAUUCUGAGGUCAUGCGUGAUACUUUCAGGGAUGAUCCUGCACGAGAAAGCAAGCUCGAGGCGUCCCUCCGCCGGCUUGAUGAUGCCUUCAAGUCUGUGCAGAGUCAAGUGGAGGUCAGGCUCCACAAGGAGCGUUCGGAAGCUGCAGGUUGCCGAACAGCGCACAAGAAGGGAACUGCGCUUGCCUGCCAAAGGCGAAGGCCAUGCAGUGCCAUUGGCCGAACUGGGCCCAGAAGCCGCCCACGGAGCUGUUCUGUCGAGCAUUCUGUACCCACAAUUUCUUGUCCUGCAAAUGGAGAGCAAAGAAGGUGA